AUGGCGAACAACCCUCCAGUGAGCGGCAUCGGCGGCGGCGAGGAGGACACCAGAGAUGUGUAUUAUCUUUGUGACGAGCUUUUUAACUUUGACACCAUCAGCGCUGCCUUCUUCAUUUUGAUCUUCAUCAUCAGCAUCGCUGGCAACUGUCUCCUCUUGUGUGUUCUCGUCAUCUACGAGGACCUAAAGAACGUCACAAAUGUUUUCAUCCUGAACCUGGCCUGCUCUGACCUGAUCUUCACUGCCACACUUCCAUUCUACGCCGUCUAUAGGCUGCACCACUGGGUCUUCGGUGACUUUGCCUGCAAGUUUAUAACUGCAGUGUACAUCGUUGGUUUGUACAGCAGCAUCAUUCUACUGACUGCUAUGACUGUGGAUCGUUUCACUACGGUGGUGCUGCACAACAGGCCAAGCAACCCUGUCAGGAGGCAGAGGUGUGCAGUGGCUGCCUGUGUGGCGGCCUGGGGCAUCAGCAUUGCUGCGUCAGUGAGUGAUGCUAUCAACGUAAAAGUGGAAACAACGUCGGACGGUAACUACUGUGUGGGACCCUCUGAUGUUGUCGAUGAUAAGCUGGGAUAUUAUCUCCAAGUGUCACUGCUCUUCUUCCUCCCAUUUGCCAUCAUUGUUUUCUGCUACUCCGCCAUUCUCAAGACCGUUUUGCAGACAAAAACACAAAGGAAAAGGCACAGGACUGUAGUGGUGGUGUUGGGUGUUGUUGUUGCCUUCUUCAUCUGCUGGGGACCUUUCAAUAUUUUGCUUUUCAUCGAGUCUUUCUAUGAACCCGAAGAAUGUGCAGACGAACGCUUGGAGAUUGCCUAUGCUGUUUGUCGUAUACUUGCUUUUUCUCACUGCUGCAUGAACCCUCUGUUGUAUACGCUGUCACAAAAACUGCGAAGCCAUCUUUUUAAACUUUUACGCUGCGAGAAGAUCAGGCAGAAGAACAAGGAGAGAGUCAUUGGCCAGAGCACUUCUGUUUAUCCGAACGUAGCUUUUAUAGCACAAAACUCUGUUGUAGUGAUGGAACCCAAGUAGACAUUUACUCUGAAGUGAAACACCUUGUAAUUAGGGCCUCGGGGCAAUCGCACCGAGCACUGGUCCCAUACAGCAAUAGCUGUAGGGACCAGUGCUGCACUACUGUUAUACUGUGGAUUUCUUCUUAUUCCUCUUGCGGACGCAAUUUCGUCCCGCUACUAGUCCUACAACUUAAAGAGUUGCAGGACAAAUUAUAUAUCAAAACGUGCGGUUUGAUCGGGAUCGGUGUGCUAUUACUUUUCUCUACGGAAUACGAAUUUUUCGCGACGUAAGUCGCGAAAAACUGCCCAAAAUUUUGCAUUGAAAUGAAUGGGACGGCCGACAGAAAAUGAGCAAAAAAGAACAUUAAUUGAAGAUUUUCAGACGUCUACUUCUCUGGCAUAAUUUCACCUAGAGACUCCAUUUAAACUUUAAACAGUAGACACAAGUCUUGUGUAUUGGUGUAUUAAUUUGCAUUUCGAUAGGUCAUAUAGUUUUUUAUCAAUCCCUGUUCAAUGACCAUGAUCAUUUUUGGAGAAAUUCUGAGAUUAUAAUGGGUGUGUAUUGCACGGAAUGUUCGUGUCAGAGUGUGUGAUGUCAUCGCUCAGAGUGUAGAGGGAGAGGUAAAACUGUCAAAAAAUAAAUUUUAAAACUGCGCUCCAGGCCGCAAAUUCCACUCUACAGAAAUAAUUUAUACAUAGAAACGUAGGAAAAUUUGUCUUCUCACUCACAAUCCUCUGGUAAAGCUGUCAGAGUUAUAGUUUGGGCGUAAGACGCAGAGCUGAUCCACCAACACCACCAACAGCCUCAUUGGCUCCCAUAUUAAAAACGCAGGAAGAUUUCGGAAAAAGUGAGAUUUUAAAGUUUUUUUAGAUCGCUCUAACAAAGCUAUUUUUUAAUUUUUCUUCACAAAAAACAUAUGUAGACGUUCAGGAAGAACUCAGGACGCUCAAAGUGAAGUCGGAUCAAUGAUAGGUAUUAUGGUUUUGCCAAAAAUGCUUUCUGUUCGAGGCCAGAAAUUCCAGUCCAACUCUGGACCUCUGUCCACCGGCUGCUGUCACAGGUGUCAGUUAUUUCUGUUGAUUGCUUUGAUCUGAUUGCCUUUGAUCUUUGAUGUGAUUACAGUUACAGAUA